CGAAGAACAAGAAUCUGGAGAAUCUCUUUUGUUCUCUUUUGGCUUUUUAGAGGUAAAACACCGGAUUCACCUCCGUUUGGUCGAUGAACCUCUGACUCGCUGCGGUGGAGCUCAUGGCGUCGCCCAGCGGUCUGUCCCUGCUGGGCUUCAGGCAGCUGUCGGUCUACCUGGUGGACUGUUUGAAGACCCCGGCAGACGUGAGACCAGCUGUGAGACCGGGACCAGAAGUCCUCUCUCUGAAGGAGCCGGACUACGGGGAAACUUCGGAGCUGACUGGGCAGUUGGUGGAUUUGGCAGCUGAUCCGAGUCGCGCCGGCAUCGAGGUGGCGCUAAAAGAGGAGUGUGAACAGUCGGAGGCAGACUUUGAGAAUGUACAGCGGACGCCGGACGCGAUAAAGCUGGAGUCAGACCAGCAGCCAGACUGGUGUGACGAUGGAGCAGAAAACGAUUUGCUUAAAGAACAAACAACGAAUUGCGAUGAAGUCCCCAAAUGUGAGGAGACUAAAACCGAGGAAACGGAUGAACUGCAGUGGAGUCACGCAAUGUUAGUGAUGCAGGAGGGCGGUGGCGACUCCGACGGGCUCGUACAGAACUAUAAAAUAUCCCCUAAAGCUGCCCUGAUCUGUAAUUCAGAGGAACACCGAGGGGAAGACAACGUACCCACGCCGGAGGAACAUGAAGCUGAAGAUGAAGAAGCCUCUGAGCCUGGAGGUGGAGAUGAAAACCAACCAAAGAAGAACGAGCAGGAAGGUGCGUCCAAAGCUCGACAUCACCGCUGUGAGAACUGUGGAAAGUCCUUUGCGAGGAGGAGCAACGUUGUCAGACACAAGCGGUAUCACUGCGGCGCCGCGAGAGUUACGCCAAGCCGGCCAGAGUCGGAACAGACUCAACGCCAUAUGAGACUGCAUGUGCGUGUCCACAGGGAGAACAGGGAGAAUCAGGAGGAAAACUCUGGAGAGGCUCCACGAGAGAGACAUCACGCCUGCAAACAAUGCAAUAAGAGAUUCUACUCAUUGCACAACCUCCGACAGCACCUCCCCAUCCACACGGGAGAAAAAUCUCACAGCUGUGACGUGUGUGGGAGGCAGUUUGGGAGAGAGGGCACUCUGAAGGAGCACCAGCUGAUUCACACAGGGGAGAAACCGUUUAAAUGCGAACAGUGUGGCAAAAGUUGUACCAGGAGGGGAGACCUCAAAACACACAUGCUCAGUCACUCAGAGGAGAGACCGUACGGUUGCAGCUACUGCGCGAAGAGCUUCAAGCAGCAGGCGAAGCUGAAGCAGCACGAACGGGUCCACACGGGGGAAAAACCGUUUCAGUGCAAGUUCUGUCCGAAGCAUUUUAGAGUCAAACUCUUGCUGGUGGCGCACCAGUACACACACACGGGAGAGAAACCCUUCAAGUGCACACUGUGUCCUAAGGCCUUCAGCAUGAGAAACAACCUGAAGAAGCACCAGAUGAUACACACCGGGGAGAAACCGCACCGCUGCUCACACUGCGGCAAGAGCUGCCGACUACUGCAGCACCUGAUCUUCCAUGAACGCGGCCACACAGGGGAGAAACCGUACAAGUGCGACGAGUGCGGGAAAGGUUACGCCCAUCCAACGAGUCUGAAAAAACACCAGUCCACUCAUGAGGAGAAACCGCCGCGCUGUUCCCUAUGUGGGCGAGAGUUCGCCGAUCGAGCAGAGCUGAGCAGCCACAAGUGUGGUGGGACAACGGAGAGACCACACCGCUGCUCUCAGUGCGGCAAGUGCUUUUCCCAGCUCGUGAACAUGAAGAAACACCAGCUGAUCCACACGGGGGAGAAACCCUACGACUGUAAGGAGUGCGGGAAGCAAUUCAACCAUAAGAGUAACCUCACUAAACACAUACGUGUUCACACAGGCGAGAAGCCGUUCGAGUGUGAACACUGUAAGAGGGGCUUCAGGCUCCUGCAGCACCUCAGAAGCCACCGAUUAACACACAAGAAGAAAGAUUAGAGACACUGGAUCUGAAAUGUAUCUUUUGUGGCAGCUGCCAUGGCUCAGGAGAGAGAGUUUGUUUGAUCGACAGCUCGUCGCCGUGAAGAGUCUUAGUCGACCCACCUUAAUCGGAUAGUCGCACAAAAGAAAUAAAUCUCGGUUCGGGAGCUUGGGCCUGAAAGAUACUAAAACAGAAGUUAUCAACAGUUUUCCUUAUAUAAGUAACAUGUUUUAUGAAGUUUAUGUAAAACAAGCUUUGUCUCCUGAUAUUUGUGCUACUUUUUAUACAAUUCUCUACAUAUAUUUAAAUAAAUAAUAUCAUCAUAUCAUGUUUGACUACUAGGAAGAUCAGCCCUCGGCCUCAUGUUCCACCAUUUCUUUUGUAUUUGACAUUAUUCACUAUUUCAUGAAUACUCAUGAAUAGGGUUGAGUACCAUUUGAAAAAAAGUACCAGUUUUGAUAUUCAUACCAAUAUGAAUAUCUAACACUGGGAACAAGGAAAAAACACACAGCUUUACCUCCUUGUCAUUUUAAAUGAUCAGUCAUCUUUUCGGUAGGUGGCGCCACUGCUGCAGCUCAUCACAGUGUUGUUGUUGGGGGGGGGGACAAACUGUCCAAGGUCCAAUCCUUAUAAGCUUGGUGUGAUUUCCUGAAAAUGAGUCAUGAGUUGAUUUGUUCUGCAAGAAAAUAAAAAACUUUGACUCAUCAGUUAAUGUUAGAGUCUUAAUACAGUUUAAUGUCAUGAUUAUGGAGAAAAAUGUCUUCAAAUGUCUUAAAAUAUUUUC